UCCAUCCACGUAGCCAGUUCGAGCCCGCGCCGAUGGCCCCGUCGGCACCGGCGCCGCCGGCGAUCUCGCCGGCGCGGCUGCACAAGCUGGUGACCUCCCAGAAGGACCCGCUCCUGGCGCUCGAGCUCGUCAACGUCACGUCCCCGACCACCGCGCCCCACCCGGCGACGCUCCACGCGCUCGUCCUCCGCCUCUGCCGCCGCCGGGAGCACCUCCCGCACGCGCUCGCGCUCCUGCGCCGCCUCCCGUCCCCGCCCUCCCCGCGGAUCCUCCUCCCGCUGCUCCUCUCCGCGCUCCGUCUCCGCCGGCCGCCUCACCUCUUCCUCUCCACCUUCAACUCCCUCUUCGUCUCCGGCCCCAGCUCGCUUCCGCUCCACCCCCAACUUCUCCUCCGCCUCCUCUCCGUUCUCUCUUCCACCGGUUCCCACUUCCCGUCCGCGCUGCAACUCCUCCGCGUAGUCUCCACCAGUCUUCCCCUCCCCGAGCCGCUCGUCCUCGCCGCGCACAACUUGCUCAUCGAUGCUGCCGCCCGCUCCGGCCACAUCGCGGUGUCAGUUUCCCUCUUCCGUCGCCUCCGCUCCCUCCAUGUGUCUCCCAACGCCGAAACCUACCGGAUGCUGACCCAGUUAUUCUGUCGCCGGGGCCAGGUCCGCACCGCAGCCACACUGCUCGACGAAAUGCUCCACCGAGGCAUCUCCGCCGACCCGCUGGCAUACACCACCGUGCUGAACGCCCUCUGCCGCAAGAAACAGCUCCGAGAAGCUUACCGCUUGCUGUGCCUCAUGCGAGGCCGUGGAAUCUCGCCUGACAUUGUACACUACAACACGGUCAUCAUCGGUAUGUGUCGUGAGGGUCGGCCAUUGGACGCCUGCAAGGUGAUCGGAGAUAUGAUGGAGAGUGGGUGCACACCGAAUGCGGUGACGUACACUACGGUGGUCAAUGGGUUGUGUGUGAGUGGAUUAUAUGGUAAGGCAGAGGCAUACCUUGAUGAUAUGAUGGGCAAAGGGUUUGUACCACAUUUCUCUGUGUUCCACUCGGUGAUUAAGAGGUGUUGUGCAGUUGGGAAGGUCAAUGAGGCUGCACAGAUGAUGAUUCGGAUGCUUGCUCUUGGGAUGGUUCCGCAUGCUGAGACCUGGAGUUCAGUGAUUAGGAGUGUCUGUAAUGAUGAAGACAAUGUUGAGGUGGUUUUGUUGCAAAUAAUGAAAGGAAGAGAGCACUGCUGAAACACGAACUCGAGGAGUACCUGUUGAUCAUAUCGCGAGGCGUGUAUGCAAGGGACACUUAUUUUUUGGUGUGUUAUAACAAUCAAUUUUGCAAGGAAAUAGUAGCAAUGUGCAAAGUGUGGAUAGCACAAUAAUUUUCCCCUAUCAUAUGGAGCUAAUUUUAGAGUGACUGUUGUCUGUUUGUCUUUCAGGUUUGGGGAUAUUUGUUUGACUUCAAUAAGUUACAGCAGCAGGCAGCACCAUCCUGAUCCAUAUACAGCAUAGUCAGAUCUUCAUAUAAUUUGACAAAGAUUUUGGUGAGCCCAGGCUCAUUUUGUAACUUUUGUUAGACAUCCAUCCUCGGUACAAUGUGGAAACUAGAAUGUUUUGGCAGCAGGAGCUGACUCAACCAAGUGAAGGAUCCGCGUGCAGAUCAUCUCACGGCAAAUAUGCAACGCAAGUCCUACAACAUGUUGGCUGAAUUCAAACUGCUGCUAUUAAGGCGAAUCUGAUCGUCUGGUGUUAAGAAUACACCACACAUAUCGUUGCAGACAAAGAUUGGCUGACUAUUUAGUCCUGACUCCUUACUCCUGAAUCCUGAUACAUAUCGUUCACAAAUCACAAUGCCGGCUUGCUCCGCGGUGGCUGUAGCCCUUGACUGUGACUUCAUCGUAGUGCAGUACCGCUUCGGAGAAUUUUGCAAUGCUAACUGAUGGUUUUGUAAAUUCUGUUUUCACUGGCUGUAGAAGCUUUCAAGAAUUAAAAGGAAGAUUUUCAGGGAUAACCGUGGACACGCUACUAUAUGUAUGAAGCUACCUGAGAGCAAGUUCAACUUCAUUUAGGAGACGAAAAAAAGAUUGAUUCUUGAUAUUCUUUUUCUGAGAUGAAUAAAUAUAUCUACCAUGUACUCCUACUGAAAACGCAACGUGUAAUACUUCAACAUUUGUGCCAUUUGGUGUGUGUCUACUUAUAAUU